CCCGUUCCAGAAGUUUCCUCCCCGCGGCCGACGAGCUGGUUAGGCGUGUUUUCGUGACCUCUGCUCAAACCAGAAGACUACGUGGCUGCAGGCUGACUUGUCGGGAGUGUUGAGCGGUAUCGGUGGCUGCUCGUUUCGUCGUCAUCCGAGCGUAGACCCGCGCAGCUGCGUUCGGGUUGGGACCAGGGAGACGAGCCGCUAACCCGGCUUGGUUCGCUAGCUAGCCCCGCUUAGCCUCCUCCUCCGGCACCUGACAGCUGCUUCAUGCGCGGUGAAGCUAGCGCUCGUCGUUGGCCUUGAGAAGAGCUGCCGCGCAACAACAAACAAACAAAAGAAAAAAGGAUGAUCUUGUGAGGUUUGGGAAAAGUUGACAAGGUCAUUGUAAUGGGUAAAGAUUACUACAGAGUGUUGGGAAUAGCCAAAGGCGCGAGCGAGGACGAGAUUAAAAAGGCGUACCGAAAACAGGCCCUGCGCUAUCACCCCGACAAGAACAAGGCUGCCGGUGCUGAGGAUAAGUUCAAAGAGAUCGCCGAGGCCUAUGAUGUGCUGAGCGACGCCAAGAAAAGGGACAUAUACGACCGAUAUGGAGAGGAGGGAUUGAAAGGCUCCACAGGCGUUGGAGGCGGACCCAAUGGUCCAAGCUACAACUACACCUUCCAUGGAGAUCCCCAUGCAAUGUUCGCAGAGUUUUUCGGUGGCCGCAGCCCGUUCGAUCAGUUCUUUCAGCGGAACGGGGAUGAUGAUAUGGACAUUGAUGAUCCGUUUGCAGCGUUUAGCAUGGGAGGGAUGGGGGGAAUGGGAGGCAUGGGUGGGUUCCAGAGGUCUUUCAAAUCCCAUCCUGGUGGCCUCCACAGGGGGCGUGAGAGAAAGAAGGACCCACCCGUGGUGCAUGAGCUGAAGGUGAGCCUGGAGGAGGUGUUCACUGGCUGCACCAAGAAAAUGAAGAUUUCCCGCAAGCGUCUGAACCCGGAUGGCUGCACUGUGCGCAACGAGGAUAAGAUUCUGACAGUCGACAUCAAGCGUGGCUGGAAAGAGGGGACAAAGAUCACCUUCCCUCGGGAGGGAGAUGAAACACCCAUCAACAUUCCUGCAGACGUGGUGUUUGUGGUGAAGGAUAAACCCCAUGCGGUAUUCAGACGAGAAGGCUCUGAUAUAAUUUACCCCGCAAAGAUAUCUCUCAGGGAUGCAUUGUGUGGCUGUGCAGUCAGUGCUCCAACAUUGGAUGGCAGGACCAUCACUGUGACUUCCAGAGAUGUGGUAAAACCUGGUAUGAAGAAGCGCAUAGCGGGAGAGGGGCUGCCACUAUCAAAGUGCCCUGAGAAGAGGGGGGAUAUGGUGCUGGACUUUACAGUGAAAUUCCCUGACAAGUUGGGCCAAAAUACACGUGAUGCAUUGAGUCAAAUCCUUCCACCAUGAGUUAUACUGCCUAAGUUUUCUUAAAAACAUUAAACCAAGAUAGCCGGUCCACCCUCCCAAUGGCACUCUUCUGUCUAGUGUCACUUUAUUGGCCCAGACUUGCGCAAGGCUCAGGACAAAAUUUGCUCCAGUUCUGUUCUAAUUCCACAGCUUUGAGUGCUAGAUUGCUGUUUUCAUCAAAUGUCAAGUCAGUCUAGCAAAGAGUCUUAAGACUGGAAAAACUAUCAUUAACUUUUGGUGUGCAUUUACCUUGGGCUCUGUCAUGGUAUUUAAGGUGAGCCUGGCUCACUGUCUGGUGCAAGGAAAAGUAUAAAGGCCUACUGAAGUCAUACAUGGCGUUUCAAAUGCAAUUUUCAUAAUGGCUUGGCUGCAAGUAGGAAUCAGGGUUGGGAUUGCUGUUGGACAUAAAAAAUUGUGUUGGUUAAGUUUUUAACAAAACAGAUGAACAUAGACCUCUAAUAUUUUCUUUAGGGCUAGUCUGAUUUGGGCCUCAGCAGUUUUUAAAAUGCUUCCACAGUAAUGAUUUCAAGCAGACAAGCAAUAUCUCAGGUGCCGUUAUAAGGGGAUACAUGCCACAAUGUAGCUAUACCUAUAUUUACUAAACAGAAUAUGGUUUUAGUGACCAGUAUUGUUCUGCAGUGAGAUGGAUGCGAGAUGCAAAUACUGGGCUGAAACCCAAGGGGUAGUUUGAAGAAAAUUAUCACAACAUUCUUUCAGUUUUAGUGGGAGGGAGGACACCUUGAAAUUUAAAAUAAUUCACAUCCUGUGAAAUGUUUAUGCUGUUAUUAUUUCACAGUGUCUUGUUUAUGUAGGAACAUGCUGCAGACAACCUGAUUGCUCGUUAUUAUUUUUUUUAAUUUUGUGCCAAAUGACCCUGUCCCCACAAUGAUAAUGUGUGUUUUAUGUCUAAAAUUGUGUACCUGCAAGUGCGUAGCCUGCUCUCUGUUACUGAAAAAUUGGCAACAUCGUAAUGUUAUUCAGUUCAGUGGCUUACCUUACUUGAGAAUGGACAUCAUACGCAAGACAGACAACAUGCCCACUCAGUGAAAUUUGCAUGUACGAUUGUCUGCUUCGACCAAUCAUUAUUUAAUCAAAAGCCAGCGCAAUUUUUUUUUAACAGGACUUGGGAUAAUUUUAAAAGGUUAAAUGUAAUUUCAAGCUAUGAAAUAAGCCAUUUCUUACCCCGCUGUUGAUUUUUAAAGUUAUGCAAAUCCCUUUUAUACAUUUUUUUAUAUAUAAUUUGAGUACUGGCAACCUCGCCCAUUCUUCAGGUAGAUAAGGAUGAUGAAUGAACUGCAAAGCUUGAUGAGAACCACUGGCAAAUUGCUGAUCCAAUAUUUAGAUUGUGCACUCUUUGCUAGCACUGUGAUGCUAGUAAAUCAGCUGUGUUUACAUCUGCAGUCAGGCAUGGCUGAAAUGUGUCUGAUCAUUGAAGCAUUGUCAUUACUUAAAUACUUCUAAUAUGCAUUUUAUCUUCUGAUUGUCACAUGCAAAACAAAACAUGUUGACAGUCAAUUGCCUCAAUGUUACACUCCAACUGGAGUUUUAAUCUUCUAACCAACACAAACAUGGUUUUAACAUGGACGUAGAGAUGUGUAAUCUCUGUAAUGUUUUACUUUUUUUGUUAAAAAGAUUUGCUUUUUGCAAAUGUUUUCCUUUCAAUGAAAAAAAAGUGUAAGCAUUAUUCUUUGUUAUGUAGAAUGUUGUUUUUUUUCUCCAGUGUUGGGAGUCUGCAAACUCCUUCCUACAUAGCUUUCAUGGAUUGUGAUUUUUUUGAACACAUUUUCUUUUGUUGUGACAGUUUGCAUAUCCACAUUGCAUUCAGAAGACUGGCCAAUAUCUAAUAAACCACCUACCAGUGUGCAA